AUGUCUGAGGACGUGUACAUCCUCUUCGACUGGUGGCACGCCACGAGCAGCGCAGGCUACGCCUGCUCUCUCGCCGCCGUAUACGCGGCCUGUGUGGCGCACGAGCUGCUCCUCGCGCGGCGGCGUAGCUUGCGCGCUGCCGGCACCAGCUCAGCGACCUGCGGCAGCAGGAUGCUUGCGGCGUGCGACGCUGCCGAGGAAAUUCUGGUCGUGGCGCUUGGGUUUGCAAUCAUGCUGGUGCUGAUGACGUUCAACGGCGGCAUCUUUUGCGUGGUGACGCUGGGCGUGGUGAGCGGCAGGCGGAUCGCGCGGAGGGCGGCAGCGGGCCGCGGCGCCUCUCCGCGAGUGCACAGCAGCGCCCACGAGAGCGCGCGCAGAUUUCUGGCCUCGGGGAGCGAGACGCUAAGUGAACGGGACGAGAGCGAGCACGACCUGUGCCACUCGGUGUGA